AUGGCUUGCAUCACCAUCUCCGGGUAUCCGUGUUCGGGGAAGUCACGCCGCGCGCAUCAGCUCAAGAGCUAUCUGGAGCAGAGGCUUGAGGAUCCUGCUUACGAAGGGCCGAAGCUCAAUGUAUCGGUGGUUAGCGACACGGACUUGAAUAUUGAUCGUGCCGUCUACAACGAUCAACGGGUCGAAAAGCCAGCGCGUGCUGCCUACUUGACAGCGAUCAACCGACGUCUCAGCAAGGACACGUUGCUGAUACUAGACGGGAUGAACUACAUCAAGGGGUACCGUUACCAGAUCUAUUGUGCAGCACGUGAAGCGGGAGUGAGGGUCUGUACCGUUUUCGUCGCUUGUACUCCGGAACAAGCUAAAGAAUGGCACGAUGCUCGACCGGCGGAGGAACGUUAUGACCCUGCCACACUGGAUAAUCUCAUCACGCGCUACGAGGAACCGUCUUCCAUGGUUCGGUGGGACUCGCCUCUCUUCACUGUCGCCGGCGAUGAUGAGGAUGUGCCUGGGGAUGCGAUCUGGCAAGCUAUCAUGAGUGGGGUGAAGAGACCGCCCAAUCGGGCGACCGAGACUGCCGCGAAGCCGCCUACGGACAUUCUCCACACGCUUGAGCAAACAACAACAUCUCUCGUCAGCUUGAUCCGUUCCGCACAACAAUCGUUACCAUCCCCCGACUUCGGUGGCGCGGUUAAUCUUCCACUCUCCCCGGUACUGAAGUUCACCUUGGCGCUUCCAAACCGGAACGUGACGACAGCAGAGCUGCAGCGUCUCAAGCGCCAGUUCAUUACAGCGCACAAGAAGGCGAUGUCGCAGAGUGUCGUUGGCAGAGCGGAGAUGGACUGGAGUGAGGGCAAGAUAGCGGAAAAGUUUGUCGAUUAUUUAGAAGAGAACUUUAAUGCAUCCUAG